GGUACCCGCAGAGUGCUGAGCUGGACUCGGAUACACCCUCACCUCAGCAUCUCUCCAAACUACCAGAUACGCGAGAAGAUAGUUGUCUCACUUGCUCUUGCAACUCGUAUACUUGCAUUCCCUACACUUGCAACACAGUCCAUCCCUGAGUUACCUGCUGCCGGAGACCGUCCCCAGUGUGAGGACUCCCGGAUGGAGCUUUGAACUCUCCUUCCUCUCGACUCCAACUAUCAGUGGGUAUUUGGAUACUCGCAGAUCCAAGGUGCUGUGCGCUCAGAGGGAGCUUUUGGGCAAAUGCCAAUGCGAUGCUGCGGAUUUGACUUCAAACAACAGCUUCACAACGGCAGAGUCCUGUAAACCACAAUGAAAGACGAUUUUGCUGACGAGGAGGAGGUGCAGUCCUUUGGUUAUAAGAGGUUUGGAAUCCAGGAGGGUACGGAGUGCACCAAGUGCAAAAAUGACUGGGCGCUGAGGGCGGCUAUCGCUCUGCUCUAUGUGCUCUGUGCCCUGCUCACCAUAGCAGUGGCCAUCCUCGGAUACAAAGUGGUCCAGAGAAUGGACAAUGUCACAGAGGGCAUGCAGAAUUAUGGAGGCAAGAUCAAUGCUGUGGAGACAGACUUAAAGAAACUAGAUGAUCAGACAGCAGAGAAGUCAGUUAAUGCCACAAGUAACAUCAAGACCUUCAAGUCCGAUCUGGAGGCACUACAGAACCAACUGAACGAUAUUGCCCUCAGAGCAACCAGAAACAGGGAUUUGCUGGACGGGCUUCAGAUCACAGGCGAUGACAUGCAGAACGGCCACGUCUCCCUGCAGAGUUUUAUGCAAGGCAACGAGGCCUCAUUGCGUGGGGUCAACCAGACCUUGGCCUCCUACAGUGGCAUGAUUGACGACCUCCAGACAGACACUGCACGUCUCCAGACAGAGAUACAGGGCCAUGUCAAGGUGCAGAGUCAGACCCAGGUUAGUAUCAGUGCACUAAACAUCACCCAAUCCCAGCAGCGCAAUCUGCUCAGCACGCUGCAGAAGACGGUGGAGGGUGCAGGCCAGGCGGUGCAGAAACUGAGAAAUGACUAUCAGGGUCUGCAGCAGACAGCCAGACAGACCCGGGCUGACACAGAAUGGCUGAAGGAAAAGGUCCAGAACCUCCAGGUUUUGGCAGCCAAUAACUCAGCACUGGCCCGUUCCAAUGGAGAAGCUCUGGAUGACUUGGGGGCUCAGCUCAGCACACUGGCCAGCCAGAUCCAGAACACCUCCACUCUCAAUGAGGAGCAUGGCCAGAGCCUUCAUGAGCUGAUGGACCACCAGAGAGACCACGAUAACGCCACCUCAUCUAAGUUUGAUGAGAUGGAAUCAAGGCUAGACAGACAUGAGAAUGACAUGGACCGCGUGACUGGAAACAUGAGCUUCGCCUCGCAGCUUCUCGGUGCGAUCAGCUCCGACCUGAAUGGCCUGAGGUCGUGCGCUGAGACAGUGAUGCGACAUUCAGACCUGUUACUGGGGCUGAAUGAUAGUGUGACGGAGGCCAAGGCAGAUAGCAAAGAGCUAAGCGCACAGCAAGAUGAGCUUGCAGCCAGGCUGGACAAAGAGGUCAGCAACCUCUCCGUGGUGAUGGAGGAGAUGAAGCUGGUGGACAGCAAGCACUCAAAGCUCAUCACCAACUUCACCAUCCUGCAGGGUCCACCAGGUCCAAGGGGCCUCCGGGGGGAUAAGGGUCCACAGGGAACAGUGGGCCAGCCAGGACAAAAGGGAGAUAAGGGAGACAAAGGGAUGCCAGGGUUGGUGGGACCAAAAGGAGAGAAGGGUACUGCUGGACCACCAGGUGUGACGGGUCCAAAGGGUCCUGUCGGGGGUCGGGGUCUUCCAGGGGCUAAAGGAUCGAGAGGGUCUGGAGGUCGACCUGGAAACUCUGGUGAAAAAGGUGACCCUGGGGCUACGGGGAUUCCUGGUAGGGAUGGACUCUCAGGGUUGCCAGGACCACCAGGGCCACAGGGGCCCAGAGGAACAGCAGGACCUGCAGGACUCGAUGGGCUUCGUGGGCCUGUUGGACCCAUCGGCCCUCCUGGUCCUCCAGGUCUACCAGGGCUACCUGCUCCAGCAUCUCCACUUUCAAAGCAGCCUAAGCCCACUCAGCCCUCCAGGAUCCCUGAAACCCCCAAACCACCUCAACCCCCCAAACCCCCCAAACCACCCCAACCUCCCAAACCGCCUCAACCCCCCAAACCAGCAGAGGAACCAGAAGGCUCCGUGUCUCGGCAGAUCCAGCCCUCUGUCGCCACUGCUCCAGCGCCUGGUUGCCCAGCUGAGUUCAGAAAGUUUGGAGACAGCUGCUAUUACUUCUCUUCUGGUCCUCAGAGGCUCAACUUUGACGAGUCCAACCAGUUUUGUACCAACAUGUCAUCUCUAAUGCUCAUUAUCAACGACAAUGAGGAACAGCAAUUUGUGAGAGAUGCAAUUGCAGGAAAAGGUUAUUUCUGGCUGGGUCUUACUGACAGGGAGGAGGAAAAUGUAUGGAAAUGGGUGGAUGGCACUGUACCUGUUUUCAAGAAGUGGAAGCCUGGCCAGCCUGAUAACUGGACCCAUGGCCACGAAGACGGAGAGGACUGUGCUGGCCUUAAUAGAAGGGGACACAAUUAACAGGGGAAAGUGAAAUCUGUUGUCAUCACGCCAGCAAUGCCUCUCUUCGCGACGAACCCAUUUGACCAAGAUGUUGAGAAAGCAACCAGUGAGAUGAACACAGCUGAGGACUGGGGCCUCAUUCUGGACAUUUGUGAUAAGAUAGGGCAGUCACGCACUGGGCCUAAAGAAUGUCUCCGCUCUAUAAUGAGAAGAGUCAACCAUAAGGAUCCUCAUGUGGCCAUGCAGGCACUGACUCUCCUUGGUGCUUGUGUCUCAAACUGUGGGAAAAUAUUCCACUUGGAGGUUUGCUCCAGAGAGUUUGCCAGUGAAGUCAGUAAUGUUCUAAACAAGGGCCACCCCAAAGUGUGUGAGAAGCUGAAAGCCCUGAUGGUGGAGUGGGCUGAGAACUUCCGCAACGAUCCCCAACUCAGUCUGAUCUCUGCAAUGAUCAAGAAUCUACGCGAGCAGGGUGUUACUUUCCCAGCUGUGGGGUCCCAGGCUGCAGAGCAAGCAAAAGCAAGCCCCGCUUUAGUGGCAAAGGAUCCCUCCACCUCAACAAAUAAAAAAGAAGAUGACGAUUUGGCCAAAGCUAUUGAGCUGUCACUGAAGGAGCAACGUCAGCAGCCGCAGACCUCCCUGUCGAGCCUUUACCCGAACACCUCCGGCCUGCUCUCCUCGCACAAGUCCGACGGCAGGAAAGUACGCGCCAUCUACGACUUUGAGGCCGCUGAGGACAACGAGCUUACCUUCAAGUCGGGAGAAAUCAUCACUAUCCUGGACGAUAGUGACCCUAACUGGUGGAAAGGGGAAACAUACCAGGGAGUGGGGUUGUUCCCCUCCAACUUUGUCACAGCUGACCUCACUGCUGAGCCUGAGAUGAUGAAGACAGAGAAGAAGACCGUACAGUUCAGUGAGGACAUCCAGGUGGAAACCAUAGAGCCCGAACAAGAGCCUGUAUUUAUAGACGAAGACAAAAUGGACCAGCUUCUCCAGAUGAUCCAGAGUGCAGAUCCCACAGACAACCAGUCAGACAGCGUUGAGUUGCUCCAGCUGGAAGGUGCCUGCAAUCAGAUGGGCCCCCUCAUUGACCAGAAGUUGGAGGAUAUAGACAGGAAGCACUCGGAGCUGUCGGACCUGAAUGUGAAGGUGAUGGAAGCUCUGUCUUUGUAUGCCAAGCUGAUGAAUGAAGAUCCUGUUUACGCCAUGUAUGCCAAGCUACAGAGCCAACAGUACUACAUGCAGCAACCUGCCAACGCAGCACAACAGGUCUAUCCUGGUCAGCCUCCACCAGGUCCGUACGCCAUGAGCGGCACCGCGGUGCAGGGUUACAUGGAACAGCUUCCAGCUGGAACCCCCAUACCUGGUCAGCCAGCUCCCAGUGACGUUCAUAUGUACAUGGGCCAGCCGCCAGUCUACACUGCAGCUCCAGGCAGCAUGGCCCCAGCAGACCUACAGUCCUACCAGCACCCAGCCAGUGGCCCUGGCCCCGCCCCCGGCAUGACGCCAAACUACAGCACCCCUUCUGGCCCGAGCAUAGCACCUUCAUCAGACGCCUCACAGGCCCCUUACUCAGAGAAAGCCUUGCUAUAGGGCCCGAGCUCGCCGUUAUCCUCACGCAGACACACAUGCACCAGACCUGAUCAAAUAGUGGUGGGAGAUCAUUUCCUUUGAUUUUUUGUUUUGAUUUGUGUGGAACACCAAGUGGAUGCAAACAUUUUAACAAAGCAGACUUAACUUGACAUGUGGCACGCUUUGUCUUGUUUUAUCUGGCAGAUAAAUAUAUACAGUUACAGUUCUCACUCCAGAUUUAGAAGUGAUCAUGAGGCUUUGAUUUGAAGAGCUCACACAUAGUCUGACAACAGAGACACCCUGUAUUCUUUCGAUACAUUUUUUACUCAAACUCCUUUACAUAACUCUGAUGUGAAGCCACGAACGAGCUUUCAGUUAACUUUUAUCUUCAGUUGUACUUAAUUAAGUGUUGGUCAUCAUUCAAGCCUGAUCACUUCCAAAUCUAUAUCUGAUAGCAAUAUAUGCAUUGUCCAGUUUUUUGUACAGGACCUGACAUUUAUUGCUGAUUAAGUUAAGAUAGCACUAUUGAGAAAUUGUGGUUAUGUUUUAUUUUAUCAGUCCUAGCUACAUCAUUUGGUGCCAAUUUUAGAGGAAAUGGGACAAAAUAUAUUGAAGUAAAUUUAUACAAACUUGAUUCAAUUUAAACCCUAGUGAAUAUUUAUUCAUUAAUUAUUUGAAACUUUAUUCCUCGGACUAUAUAUAUAUAUAUAUAUAUAUAUAUAUAUAUAUAUAUAUAUAUAUAUAUCUCUGUGUGUAUGCAAUUACUAUUUGAUCAAGUGUAAAACACACACACCUUCUCACCACUCCUCAACAGGCACACUGGAGCUAGACACACACACACACACACACACACACACACAAACCGCACAUCCUCAUCAGUGUAUGAUCAUUUACCUUCACUCACACACUUAUAUGCCACAGCCUUCUCACCCUCUUAAAGCAACUGAAUUGCUAAUCGUGUCACAGAAAAGGUGACGUCAACAUACUUCUUUUUUAAAUUAUUAUUAUUAUUCAGAAAAAGGACUUUUAGCAGUGCUAAAGACUUUAGAUUACUACAUUCUGUAUAUGUCGGCAACUUUUACAAGUACUGAAAACUGAAGCCACUUUGUUUUUUUUGGGAGGGGAAAAAGAAACCAGAGGAGUUUAAGCAUGCACUUGACUCUUGUAUAUAACCGAACUAGUAGCGAAGCCAGAUGAUGAGCUCAUAGGUGGGCUGGAUGUUAGCACAGUCUGGGUGUUUCUCUCAGCCUUGAAGGUGAACUCUGCAGUCAUGGUGUCCCUGCUGAACUAAAGGUGUAAAGGCCAAAGACAACAAAGCGGGGGGGGGACCAUGCCAGAAAACAGAUAUUUUUCUUUUCCUUUUAUUCUGUUCUUAACAUGGUCGACUCUGAACUUCAUACUGCAGAGUUUUCCCUUUCAAAAGGAGCAGCUCUAGAUCCUUGUUGGUGGAUUUAGUGUUUGCUCCAUCUCCAUUCAGGGGCUGUCUGUACAAACGGGCGACGGACUCGGCUACUGAGGGGCCAGCUCUCUGAAACGCCUCAGUCUUGACUUUUUUUUUUGUAGUGCAUUUCAAUUUAUGUUAUGAUUAUUGUUAUGAUAUUUUAAAUGCAGGAUGUAUGUAUUCAUAGAAAAGCAGAAUAUGUGAUAUUCUGCCUAACUUAGUUGUAUAUUUAAAUUGCUCACAUGAGGACGUGGACAUUACUCUGUUUUAUACAUGCUUGUUGUACUGUAGGAUAAAAUGUUAAUGUGAAAUACUGAUCUAACCUCCCGAAGCAUUUCAACCCUCUCCCUUCUCAGAGCUGGAGAACACUAAAACUAAUUCUACCUGAAGCAGGGCUGAAUUGAGGUUUUAUGAUUCUGGAAAGCACAGUCAGGAUUUCUAAACGGCUCUUUUUCUAGGUCACCCUCAGCUAUCAGUUACAGAGUCACUUUAGUAUCUGAUAUUGUACAAACCUACCGCUCACACUCCUAUGGCUUCUAUGUGUUCAACAUAUUUGGGAAUGAGUUGAUGUUUGUGAAUACUGACUGCAUUGCAAAACUGAUGAAACGGGCAAAUUAUUUAUCUGUUCUUGCUUAAUAUUGAAUGAUGCUACAUGAAGGAAUUAUGAAGCAGUCUUAAAUACGAUGAGCUCCGUUUUCAAGUUGCAAAAAAAAAUUGGUGUAUUCAUCUGAUAUUUGUGUCUUUUUAAUUUCUCUUCAGUUGUGUCACAAUAUUAAUUUUAAAACCGCUCAGUUUAAAGUUUUGGUUUGUGGGACUUAGCAAACAAGAGGACAUUUAUUUCCCGCAGAACUUGAUUUUAGUAUUAAUAUAGUUGAUUUGAAAGAUGGUAUAGUGUUAAUCCGUUUGAUCAAAGAGGGCUGAAAAUUUCAAAUGUAUGAAAAGUAGCAGCUAUUUUUGGAGCCACGUUUUUGCCACAACGUAACAUCGUGCUGGGUUGGACUGCGUAACUUUAUUGCACAGGAUUGAGAUGCUGCCUGUUUUUAAGUUUCAAACAUCCUUAUUGUAAAGGUUCUGUCUAAACUUGUAUCCUGCUGUUUAUGUAUUCUUUUAACCAUACUUAUUAAUCGGUAUUCACAAUAAAACCAGGCCAAAUGUACA